AUGUGCACCUGCAUCGGCAUGGUCACCGAGAAGAAUCUCGCACAGAUCUCCGACCAGGAGUACAGUCGGUUCAUAUGUGUCGGCCUUGGUGUCCAGGCAGGAUUGUCUUUGCUUACUUCAGAACUAACCAUGAUUUCAGGCAUAGCAGUUGGAUUCAACCUUGUAUUUGAUCACGAUGAUCUCAUCACAGGCAUUAUUUUUGCAUGCGUUGUAAUUAACCUGCUGCCGUAUCUCUUAUCCCCUCGGGACAAGAGGAUGUCUGGAAUGUUAAAUGCUUGCAUAGCGGGCUUUACGAUCCUUUGUUUUGUGCUUGGUUUGUUAAUCAGUCAACCAGAGAUACCUCUCCAUGUGAAUGUGAUGUUCCCCAAGUUGAGUGGUGAAAGUGCUUACUCACUGAUGGCACUUAUGGGUGCAAACAUAAUAUCACACAAUUUUUAUGUUCACUCAUCAGUUGUUCAGGUUCAAAAGAGGUCUCAUGUUCUUACCCUUCGUACCCUGUUUCAUGACCACCUUUUUUCUAUAUUAUUCAUUUCUACUGGAGUUUUUCUUGUGAACUAUGUUCUGUUGAGCUCAGCGGCAUCGGAAUCUAGUCACAAUGUGAUCCACUCCUUUCAUGAUGCUGUAGAUCUGAUGAACCAGAUAUUUACAAAUCCCAUGGCUCCACUUGUGUUACUAGCGGUUCUUCUCUUUUCGAGCCACAUUAUUUCGUUGACAUGUGUUAUCGCCAGUCGUGCAGUUAUGGAGAAUUUCUUUGGUGCAAAUCUGUCUCUUUCUGCGCAUCAUGUGCUACUCAAGGUUCUUUCCAUGAUUCCUACUAUCUAUUGUGCAAAAGUAGCAGGCUCCGAAGGGAUAUAUCAGUUACUCAUUCUUUGUCCAGUAAUCCAGGGCAUGACCCUGCCCUCCUCUGCUAUUCCUGUUUUCCGUAUUGCCUCAUCACGGUCAAUGAUGGGCAACUACAGGAUAUCUCUGUACGUUGAAAUACUAGCCUUCCUUGCAUUUCUUCUUAUGUUGUUCACAAAUAUCAUUUUCGCGGCCGAAAUCAUGUUCGGUGACAGCAGCUGGACAAACAACCUGAAAGGGAACACUGAAAGCCCUGUCAUAAUUCCACAUGCUGUACUAAUUCUAAUGUCUUGUGCGUCUAUUGCUUUUACACUCUUCCUGGCUGUGACUCCAAUAAAAUCAGCCAGUAGUGAAGCUGAAACUCAUGAGUGGUCUGUGCACUCUCCGAGAGAAGCACUGGGCACCACUCAUCACAGAGAAGAUACUUAUCCGGAAUAUAUUGCGCGCGAAGAAAUUCAAAGGUAUUCUGUUGAUGUUGUUCCAAAGGAUUCAUUGGGAAGUCAUAAGAAAUCAGCUUUGGAGCAUACUGACAGUUCUGAAACCACUGCAGAAUCCGAUAACGGGGCUCAACAAUCAACUGCUCAUAUGGCGACUAUUCCUGAGGCUGACUCCUUAGCGCCCUGCAACCUCGAGGAGUCAAAAUCAGUUGUUAGGGUUGACUUUACAGAGUCAACUACAAAGGUUUCUACUGCCAUGGUAGUAGAACAAAGUUCAGCAGAGAAUAUCAAAAUGAAGAGCACGGCUGAGAAAGAUGUCGAAGUUGAAGCAGAUGUUUGCACAGACAAGGACAAUGAGACUUCACAUAAUGUGAGCUCCAGUAAUAAGUCCACUGGAGGCAAAGCACCCUCUUCAUCUUCCAGUGAUCCACCAUCCCUUGCUAUGAGCAGGUAUAAAGAAGCUGAUGCUAUCAGUGGCAGUAGUGGCCUCUCAAGGCAGCCUGGUUUGGGCCGUGCUGCAAGGAGACAGUUAGCAGCUAUUCUUGAUGAGUUCUGGGGGCAUCUUUUUGAUUAUCAUGGUAAGUUGACACAAGAAGCUAAUUCUGAAAGGAUCAACCUUUUGCUAGGACUGGACUUGGGAGUAGAUGGUUCAGCUGGGAGAACGGAUAACCAAAACACUCAAGCUUCCAAGAACCCCUUAGCGAGAGAUACAGUGCCAGGAUCAGGCAUCUCUAGCCCAUACUUGUCUUUUGGGCUUCAGAUGGGUGCCAUGGGGUCAUCAGCCUGGUCACAGAGCAUGCAUUUACCAAAAGCAGACGCUCUGAGUUCAAGCAGCACGUUUCUUGACCAAAAUGCAAAAGAAAUCACGAAUUAUGAUGGGGCACCUUACUGUGAUAACCAGUUGUGUGAGCCUGCUACGAUUCAUGCUGGGUAUCAGCUAGCAAACUAUCUAAAAGUGAUAGAUGCAAGUCGGCGUUCACGUUCCAGCAUUCCACUGAAGGCACAGCGACCUCCUAUAUCUUCUGAAUCCGCUGGUUCCAACUGUGCUGGCUCUGCUAUUCGUUCAUUUGGUUCUACCACUUUGCAGAACCCAACAAUGAGCGGCUUAAGUACAAUGAUGGUAGGAAGAUCGUAUUACGAUCCCACUACCAUUCUUGGUGGUGGCUCAUCUGCUUACCCAAAGAAGUACCAGAGCUCACCCGAUAUAUCUGCUGUAAUUGCUGCAAGCAGGAAUUCACUGUUGAAUAAAGCAAAUAUGGGCAGUGCUGCUGGAAAUCAGUCAUAUCUUAGUAGGGUGGCAUGUGAAAAAUCACGUGAUGUGGACGCAGCAAACAUGUUACAGAGCUCUAUGCAGUCGAGUAUGAACACCAAACCAGCAUCACUUUGGUCCCGGCAACCAUUUGAACAACUGUUUGGUGUGCCGAGUGCAGAGUUGAAUAAUAGGAGCGAGGUGAACACCGAGCGCAGAUCAAAUGUCACCAAGGAUGAUUUCUCAUACAAGGAAUCCGAAGCAAAGCUUCUCCAGUCUCUUAGGUUUUGCAUCAUGAAGCUCUUAAAGCUGGAAGGGUCGAGAUGGCUUUUUAGGCAGAGUGGUGGUCGUGAUGAAGAUCUAAUUGACCAAGUCGCUGCAGCUGAGAGAGUUUCACAAGAAACCACAAAUGGCAUGGACGUUAAUUGCAUGCACGGACAGCUCAAUUGUGGUGGUGAUUGUGUUUGGCAGGCUUCCCUGGUUGUUAGUUUUGGUGUCUGGUGUAUCCGUCGGGUGCUUGACAUGUCCCUUGUGGAAAGUAGGCCAGAACUUUGGGGCAAGUAUACUUAUGUUCUCAACCGUCUUCAGGGGAUCCUCGAUCCUGCAUUUUGUAAGCCUCGGAAACCCGUCACCGGGUGCUCAUGCCUCGAGAAAGCACGUCUGGUCGCCAAGCCGAUGCCCGCCACCUUCACCGCCAUAGCUGACAUCUUGCUGUUGAUCAAAGAUGUGGAGCAAGCCGUUUCGGGCCGGAGGGGUCGAAGCGGCACGGUGGCAGGAGAUGGUGCCUUCCCUAAAGGGAAGGAAAACCUUGCUUCUGUGCUCAAGCGAUACAAGCGUAGGCUCUCGAGCAACAAGCCACCUGCCGGACCAUAG